AUGAAUCAAUCAAAUUCGAAUUUCCCGGUAUUUUUCGUUAUUGCAGCUGCUUCUCUAGUCACUGGCUAUUAUUUAGGCCAAAUCCUUCCAUCUGCUUCAAGAACUGGACAAGUGCAGCAGAUACUGAGGCAAUGCAAGCAAAAGGCUGAGUCAGAUAGCAAUGGAUCUGAAAAUGAGAAUAAUGACUACGAUGAUGAUGAAGGUUAUGAAGAAGAGGAAGAUGACGAGUUCGAAAUCAAUUCACUUUCGCUGAACGAUGUGCCUGGAGAAGUAAGGAUGGCUCUAGUGAUUCGCCAGGAUCUUGGGAUGCAAAAGGGCAAGAUAGCUGCCCAAUGCUGCCACGCAGCACUUUCCUGUUUUCGUAUGAUUGCUUGCGAUCCGAACCGCGAGUCAUAUAAUCCUCAGAUGGUCCAAAGAUGGCUGAGACGCGGACAAGCAAAGAUAACUCUUAAAUGUCCCGAUAAAGAGACUAUGGAUGAGCUCUAUGCAAAGGCCAUUUCGCUUGGAGUUAAUGCAUGUGUAAUACAUGAUGCAGGCAGGACACAGAUAGCAGCUGGGAGCGCAACGGUCUUGGGAGUGGGGCCGGCUCCAAAGGCUGUUCUAGAUCAGAUAACUGGUGAGUUGAAGUUGUAUUAG